AUGGAAUCGGCGGGGCUCCUCAUCGAUACGUGGUUUAAAUGCGCUUUUGUAGGAGAUAAGGACAGAAUGAGUUCCCUAGUUGACAAGUGUGCUGGACGAAGAAACGAUUCUGGAGAAACCGCCCUGAUGGUGGCAACUCGUGGAAAUCAAGCAGAUGUUGUUUCUUUCCUUCUGCAAAGGGAGGCUACAUUGCUAAACAAUGAUGGAGAGUGUGCAAUGCACAUGGCUGUCAAGCACGGCUACCUGGAGAUAGUCCAGCUUUUGAUGCCCUUUGAGGGGCACAUUUACACUAGAGAAGGAAAUACAUCCCUUAUGCUAGCAAUAAAUGCAGCGAAUACUACGCUCUGCAGUUAUUUGCUCCGUUAUCCUACACAGUGGUAUGACAAGCGCGGAUUCUCCGUCCUGGCACACGCUGUCUCUCUCGGAAACCAUGCUCUCGCAGCUAUGAUUGGCCACGAAAUACCUAUUCCAAAGGAUGUGCUUACUGCCUGCACCGAGAUAGCCCUGAGGCGGGGUGACACGGUAAUGUGCUCCACCCUUAAAGAGAUUGCCGCAUAUCAAGCCGAACACGUAGAUUCUUUCUUCCAACCCGGUAACAGCUCCAUGUCAGUGAGCAACUCUGUGGUCCACACCCCUAGCAGUAAUGUCAAGGUUAUUCCUCUAAGCCCUGCAGACGUCGUUGCACCCAGAACCAGAUCCACCACGGGGCCUUGCAUCGAUGCUACUUCCAUAGUUAAGGAUGAGGUUGACGCAUCUGUCUUGUCUGCCAAUUACGUGUCUAAAAAGCCCGAAUACAAGAAGAACGAAAUCAGACCCAUGAAUGAAUCUCGCCACCUGGGUCAUCCCACUUUUCCUCCGACCCUUGCAUGCACUGAACCAAAGAAAAUUUCUAUCGACGAAUACUUGGAGUAUUCUCAAUCAAUCAGUAGGAGCAAGGCUGUCGUCGACAGGAGCGAGUAUUCCACCUCAUCGGCUCAAGACUUCGACCACCUGACCAUCUCAUGUAAAGCGUCUACAGCGCAUGAGCAGGAAAUCCAGCGAGCUGUUGAUGUGAUCAGGGAUGCGCACGACCUUGUUGUUGACGCCUUGACAAAGGUAAGGGAGUCUCCUGAUAACCAUUCUAGAGCCGCCAAUCCACUCGAUGAAGAGUUGGGUUUGGAUGCUGAUCAGCCUACAAUCUUCGCAGCAACCGUUAAAAAGCUGUCAGCUGCCAAUACUAUCCUGGAGCAGUCUACGAACAUCCUGCAACAGUCACUGCAAUUGGACAGAGAGUCAGUUGCCCUCUCUCAGGCCAUAGAAACCUAUAAGGACAAGACCGUCGAUGAAAUGAAUAGCCUAAUCUGCAGUGCAGUGGAGUUUACUGAGGAAAAGGUUAAAGUGGCAGAGGAGCACCUAGGGCGCUCUUCUUCCGUGGUUGCAGACAGAGAGCUGCUGGAUUCUAGAAGCGUGGACGUGGAAGGUAUUGAGACAAGACUCGUUGAACAAGCGAAGGACCAGCAAUACGCCGUGCCCUACAUGCCUGCCCUCGUUUCUUCGGAUACUCAAUUAGUAGCUAGCUCUGAACCACUUGUACACAGAGAUGGAGCAGACAAGAGCCUUAUCCUAGCAAACUCUAACACAAAUACAUAUAUAACACCACUACCAACCACGACUACAAAGAAAGCAGAAGACCUCAGAGAGGUGUACGAUUCAAACAUAGCCGCAAACGAUGCCGGAGAUGUCCCUCCGCACGCAGACCCACAUGGAAUCCUUUCUACCGAUCCUAUCUUCGAGUCGAUACAACGCCGCUCUGCAGAAGAGUACUGCCCUCCAAAUGUACCCACCACUGAACGUGAAUCCCGUGGGGGUCACACCGACUUUAGCACCCAAUCAUUUAACGGAAUGGGAAAGGAGCUGACCAGCAUGAUUCUUUCGGGGCAGUUUUCCCACGGCACUGUAGAGAAACACGUACUACAGGCAGGUAUUCAACGUCCAAGCGUCAAUGGAAAGAUCCUAGAGAGUAGCUACAAGAGAGUCAUUCCAGAAUACACUGGAAACUACUCCUUUACAAGCCAAAUGGUAAAUUGUGCGACAGGCCGCUUCACAGAGCUGAUGGACGCCGUUGUAAGAAAUGACAUCAUCUGCGUUAAGGCAAUGCUACCCUAUCAGGGAUGCCUACAAGAUGAGAAUGGAACCACAGCACUUAUGCUUGCUGCUGAAAGGGGCCUCGAUGCGCUCGUUUGCGUGUUGGUAGGUACAGAGGCGGGGAUGACCGAUAUAUAUGGAGAGACGGCUCUUAUGCGGGCUGCUAAGAACAAUAGGCCUUCAACCUGUGAGUUGCUCCUUGGCGAAGCAGGUCUGCGGACAAGCGAGGGACACCCUAACAAGGAAGGUCUAACAGCCCUAUGUUUUGCAUGCAUGUACGGUUCGAUCGACUGCGUAAGGGUAUUAUUAGGGAAAGAAGCCAAGCUAGGGUAUAGGCCUACGAUCUCACCAGAUGCUCUAAGCUCUUCUGCUGAAAUAAGACAUCUUGUACAGUUGUAUAGCGAAUAG